AAGUUCUACUGGGUCACAUGGACGACGAGAGUCCGCUCGCCAUGCUGUUUGCUCGCCUGGUCGUCGUGCAGCAAGAACGACUUUCUGAAGCGACGAGGGCUGCCGCUACAAUCUUCGAGGCACUCAACAUAAGCGGCAAGACCCUGAAGGCUAUCGUGCGUAAAUACGCGAAGGCUAACCACUUGGAAACGAUGAGCACCCUUACCAAGAUUCUGGCGGACCUGCUGGUGAUAUGCCCCGUGCGUAAUAUGGGCCGCUUGCUUGCCUCGGCCGGCGACAACCGUGUCUUUCGCUACCUCGUCUCUACAAACACAGAAGUCAACGCCAUUGCGACCAAAGCAGGUGACAUGCUGCGACUCGUGUUUGGCGCACACUUUCUGAGCCCUGUCGAAAUGGCCACCUGGCGCCACGCCAGCGAGGCCAUCAUCGCCUUUUGGACGCACUUCGCUAAGACAGGGAGUAUCCCCAACUUGAACGAGCCGGGACAAGGCCGAUACAGGAUCGAAAUCGCUGCAGAACAGGAAGCCAACGUCCUUGACAUUUGGCGGGAGCAGUGCCAACUGCUCAGCAGCCUCGGCAUCUGACGAUUCAAGUGUCUUCCGCCGAAACGCGCGCGGUCAAUUUGUUUACGCUGCGCGUACUUACCCGUGAA